AAUUACCACCAGAAGAUGGCGCACAAUGACGCGACUGACUAUCCAGAAUUAUGCAGAAGAAGUUCAGUGUAAGCGUAAACUGUACAAACUAGUCAGCAUCACAGCGAAGCCUUUACUCAAGAAGCUGAUUUCUCAAUUUCUGUUUUCACAGAAUAAAGACACUUUAUUGCACACUAAUCAGUGCUUCUGCCGUCACAUGUGUAGCAUAAUCUUGCCAGGAGAUAAAAUAAGCUUCCUACCCAAGAACUGAACCUAGACGUGACAGGCAAGUCUACGUGGAGCAAGUACUGGAUGAAAUCAUCACAACACUAUGAACUUUAGAGAAGCCAGAACUCAUCAAAGUGUGCCAUUAUCUAAAGCGCAGUGAAACGGGUUCAAGGGGCAUGAAACAGUUGAACCUGAAUCUCAAAAGUCAGAAAAUGCUCCUAUAAAAAAACCUGAGCAAGAACACAAGCAACUUCAGCAGGUGCAAGAAGAACAUCACAUCCUGGAGAAGAAAAUUGGACCUUUGGGGGCAAAGGUGAGCACAAUGGCAGUAAUUGGCGACAAAGGCAAAUCCUCCUGGAACCUACAGAGUACCUAUGGUCACAUUAAAGAAAGACUUUAAUAAAUAGAGCAAGAUCGGGGAAUGAGGACUUAAAGACAAGCUUUAUCUCGCCAGUCUCAAUAACCAGAUUGAGUCAGGACUCGAGAUGGGAUAUUCUGAGAAUGAAAUAAUUGAAACCGUCAUCAAAGCUGUCAGCCCUAGCCUUCACCUCAGAGAUCUGCUUGUCACUACAAAGUUGACUUAUCAUUGGACCUGCAGUACAUACUAAUGGACAUCUCCCAAACCCAAAGGAGUCUGCUCAAGCCUUUCUGUCCAGAGUAAAAGAAUUAAAAGAAAAUCUGCUCUGCAGGUCUGAGGAAGACGACGAAGGGGAACAGUUCAGCCCAGAUUUUAUCCAGCAUCACUAGGUUUUAAGGACAAAGGUCUAAAUCCCCAGGAUAUCCACAGGAUGUAGGCAAACGUAAUAGCAACCCAGACGCAUCCAUGCCGAACUUGGUGAUCGUCUCCAUCUUUUUCUUCCUGAUUGCCCUGGGGCUGCUCAUGGUCAUCAUAGGCCAAUACAGCGAGAUUGAGAUGAUAGGCAGGAAGAACGAAGAGCUGAAGACGGCCAAACUUGUGUUUUAUAACAAGCUUCAAUAUGAAAUCAAUUAUAAAAAGUCGUUGCAGGACAUUAAAACAAAUGGGGAACAGAGGUUGAAAGACAUGGAGGCUAAUCAGCUCCAACUCAACAAGCAGCUGGAGGACAAGAAAUCUGAGGCCGGCGCCUGUCAGGAGCAAAUGAAAACAAAAACCGAGGAGCUGGCAUCUGUACAGGAAGCGCUCAAAAGCGCCACAGCGACCUUCAGUGCAGAGUCUGAAGCCUGGAAACAAGAGAUCAUCAGUCUGACAGCAAAUCUAUCAACAAGCAGCCCGAUAUGCAAAUAUGUGACAAAUAACAAAAAACUUAUGGAAUUUUGUGCCACACCACCAACUCAAGCGCAAGAGAAGUUAAGCAGAUAAAACUACAAACCCACAUCAGUAACAAACUCCAAAAAACCAUUUUAUACUUCAGAAAUGGACCCUUAUGAUGAUAUGAAAGUGUGUUGUACCAUUACAAUCUACACUUAAAAAUCUCAAAUAAAAUGUUUUCACUGCCUGAAAAUUAAGCUAGUUGUUUCGACUUGUAGUGUUUGUAAAUCUCUAUUAUAAAUAAAUCUGUGCAUUUCCA